CGCCUCCUUUGUUCGUUUAUUAGAAUACUGACCUUCUACUCUGUGCAAAGGUUAUCAUGGAGAAUGAAGAAGAGGCUGAUGUUCUCACCGUGGAGUAUGUCGAAGGCAAGAGUCUCUGGGAUUGGCUCUCAAAGCAACACAAGCACGCAAAACCUGAAGAUCUAGGAGACAGAGAAGCCGAGUACGUGGAAGAGACCGAGAGUGUGUCUAGCGGUUCGCGUAUGCGGAUAAGACCCCGCCCGUGACUUUUAUGGAGUCUGUCUCAUGGUGAUGUCAGACCUCUGCCACUACCGCAAUUAUCUCAGAAAUGGCCGACAGCGAGAUUGACCUCGUCGACCAGGACACUCUACGUACCUAUUACGAGGAACUUGUGGAGCGCCGUGAAAAGGCGUUCAGGAACCCCUUGCGCGAAGGCUGCUCAUUCCCCAUCGACUUUGACCCCCAUCCACCGGGAUCCGGCGACUCUCCCCGCCCCCUUCCCCUAUUCGCCGUUAAUGGAGGGUCCUACAGAGUUAUAUUAACUUAUGCCAUCGUUCCAUAUCGACAUGAUAAACAACUCUCCCAAAUUUGGAUCGCAGACGUUAUUUCCCCAGAGGACCCGACCCAAAGCCUGGGUAAGGUCGUUUUAAAGAUCGUCCAGCCUUCUCUGCUACCUCUGCCAGACAUUGAAUAUCACUAUGAAAUCUACGAUUAUCUCAGACCAUGGGUCGUGUCUACCAGCGAGGAGAAAGCGUAUGGGGAGCUCAAGUCAUUGGAAGGGACAACAAUACCAUACUUUUAUGGCUUGUACCCGGUUAUGAUGCCGAAUGGUGAAGACUCUGAUGUUCUCGUUAUGGAGUAUAUCGAAGGGAAGAGUCUCAAGGAUUGGCUCUCCGAGCGAAAACACGCAAAGCCCGAAGAUCUGGGAGACAGAGAAGCCGAGUACGUGGAGGAUACCAAGAGAAUUUUUAAAAAGGCGAUAGCUGGCAUCCACUCUAUCAACAAGCUAGGCGUUGCCUACUGUCAGCUCGAUGAGACAAAUAUCAUCCUCACUCCUGAUCCUUCUGGAACGCCAGUCUUCAUUGACUUUGCCCUCACUAACUGUCACAUCAGUGCAAAGGACGUCACAGUGUUAUACAUUAAUGAUCUGCAAGUGAGUUAUCCUCUACGGGAAUGCUGUGAGACACACAACGAAGUCCUGGCAGACUGGGUAGAGGAGGAAAUCAAAAAAUCUGAAGAAACGUGGUUUCGAUCUGAUGUCGAUGAGCCUAGUGAAACAACCUGAUGAUUGUAAAGUAUAUUUUUUAUGUAUGUAUUACUUGCGCUUUCAAUGUCCAUUUUUGCUCUAUCACAGAACGGUCGUGUUUACGCACCAGUCUUCACGCGAAGCGGUC